UAAAUGUUGUAUGCAAGCUUAUUCAGUAGGGCUCAUGAAGGCCAGAGGAAAUUUGACCCCAAAAAGGUCUUAUGUUGGCACCGGGUCCGACGCUUCGUGAGUACAUGCAAGUGUAAAUAGGAAAGAGAAAGCAUUGGAGAAGGAGGGUUGGGGGAAGUGAGUGAAUGAGAGUGAGAAAGUCAGAUGAGUUCCACUCCACCCACAGCCACCCGUGUCCAAUGUGAGGGGGAGGUGAGACAGUUUUAGUGCUUGCCGUGGCGCGCUGUGUUAACUGGCAUUAUUGACUUGCUGCACUCACAGAAAAGAGUAGUCAAGACUGCUCCUCAUCAGAACUCCACCUGUUUGGGGCAACCAUGGCUUCCCAUGUGAAGCUCAGGAAGGACAAGGUUGGCGUGGUGGACUAUGACACUCAAAUAAAGGAGGUGCGGUGCCAGCUUGUGGACCAAUUGAAAGUGCUGGACUUGCAGCUGGAGCAGAAGAGUCAACAGCUGCAGGAUCUAGCAGACUAUCUGCGGCGACGGGGCGAGAUUGAAAGCGAGUACUCCCGCUCCUUGGAAAAACUGGCUGAGAGGUUCACCAACAGGAUCAAAAGAAAGGAGCCCAGCACUCACUCUGUGGCUCAGGUCUGGUUGGCUCUACUGUCCCACACCCGCCAAGAGAGUAAAGACCACUACGGGCUCAGUGAGAGCUGCAGCAGCUUUCUCGUCCAACCCCUCACACAUUGCCUGGAGUACACACAGCGACUUGCCAAAAAGAGUAAAGACAUCUGUACGCAGCUUCAAGACGGACUGCUCAAGGUUACCACAGAGCUACAGACUGCAUGGCGGACAUACUACCAGUACCAUGCUGACUAUGUGUGUGCAGAGGGGAAGUUGAAGGAGGCUGAAAAACAGGAGGAAAAGCAGAAGCAGAGCGCCAAAAAACUGGAGAGGCUGAUUGAGAAGAGGCAAGGGAAAGUCCAGGAUAUUUACCUGAAGUGCAGCAAGGCCAGAAAUGAUUAUCUGCUAAACCUGGCUGCAGCCAACACUUCCAUGAACAAGUACUACCUCCAAGACAUCUCUACUCUCAUUGACUGUGCAGAUGUCGGGUACCACCUGUGUUUGGGCCGGGUGAUGCAAGCCUAUCUGUCCAAUCGGCGCCAGUUCCAACAGAACCUGAACUCAAGCCUGCAGCAGCUCCAGGGCUCGGUGUCAGGACUGGACCAGCGGCAGGACAGAGACACUCUCCUCCAGGACCACCACCAGACCUUCUGUAUGCCCCUUCGCUUCCCCUACCAGCCCCAUGAUGGGGACCAGGUUUCUGAGAUUAGUGCAGAGAGUGAGAUGAGAUGUGAACUGGAGACGAGAUUCAAACAGAUCCAAACCAGGCUGAGAGCCGUCACAGAGGAAACACAGGCGGUCAAUAAGAGCAUGUCAGCAUCCCAGUCCUCCCUGCUGGAGACUAUCAAUGACAUGGAUUUUGAGCACAACAGCAGCAGUACCGGCUCAUCCCAGGAAGAGAACAAUGAAAACCAGUCAGUUCGGCCUAGUGUCGCCCGCCGCAGGGCCAACCAGCAGGAAAUGGAAAACCUCUACUUCACUAGAGUAAAAGAGUUCCUUGUUGGCAGCUCUCUGGUGUCCAAGCUGCAAGCUAAGCAUGACCUGCUUAAAGUCGCUGUAGAGAAAGGGGAAGCUUCAAAUAGGCAACAAACAAGGCAAAAUGCGAAGUCCACACGUGUUCGCAAAAAUCCCUCCAGUGUGAAUUUGCUGCACAACCAAAAACUUUUCAACGGUGACAUGGUGUCUUUUACACAGGCAUCAGGUCAGCAGAUUCCAGUUGUUGUUGAAAGUUGCAUUCGCUUUAUCAACCUCAACGGUCUCCACCAUGAGGGCAUAUUUCGGGUGUCAGGCUCACAGAUGGAGGUUAACAACCUGAGAGAUUCAUUUGAGCGAGGAGAGGACCCUCUGGCUGAGGACAAACACGACCUGGACUCCGUUGCUGGAGUGCUCAAGCUGUAUUUUAGAAAUUUGAAGAACCCCCUUUUUCCAAUAGACAGCAUCAGUCGGCUGCUGGAGUAUGCACAGAUAAAAAACGAGGCAGAAAGAGCCGACCAACUGAAAACUGUCAUCUCUUCCUACCCUGAGCCCGUCAUCAUUGUCAUGAGAUACCUCUUUGCUUUUCUUCACCAUGUGUCUCAAUACAGCGAUGAGAACAUGAUGCAGCCGUACAACCUCGCCGUCUGUUUUGGCCCCAGUCUUGUCAGAGGGGCCAACGACGACGAUGUGGUCACCCUGCAGCCUCAGAUCAACGCCCUAGUAAAGAGCUUGAUCGUCCAGCACGAGAACAUCUUCCCCAGUCAGAGCGAGAUCAGAGGUCCCGUGUAUGAGAAGUGCAUGACGCAGGAACAAGAUGACUGUGAAGCCGUUGUUGAGGAAGGGGAUGGGGAGGCAGAGUUCUCUCAUGCUAAAGUUGAAGUGGAAGUGGGACAGUUGGUAAAUCGCAGCAACUCCACCACAGGACCCCCUCAGAAAAGGGCAGAAGGUUCUAAAUCCAACAAGGGUGGCCUUGCAGACCACCGUAGGUCAGCAUCAGGACCAGCAGCAGGAGUCAGCAUCCCUUCAGGUGGAAAGAUUGUCCUCCAGAUUCCCACUGGGCCCCAAGGCAGGCCGAGAAGGAUCCACUCUCCUGGCUUUGCACGCAGAGAACAGCUACAAGCCGCUGCUGAAGAUACAAUUCAAGUAGACAAGGAGGUCUGUCGCCAGAUGGACUCAGUCUUCAAGGAGCUUGUCUCAAAGCACACACUGCAAGAGAUCUCUUCUUCCUCCUCCGCCGUCGCCGCCUCCACUCCUGCUGGCCAGGCAGCUCAAAAGAGGGGGGGACGUGAGGGACGCAAGGGGAGAGGAGCAGGGCUGUUACAGGGAGACGUCCCACUGGAAUGAGACAUGGGGCAUUAAAACUCAAGGGUACAGUGAUUAAAGCAACUUCAAGCACAACUUUAAGUGCUUUCUUCUGUUGCUUUCUUCUGCUUGUGCGACAGAAGUGUUGCAGGACAACAUUAAACCUGUGGAGUAUUGAAAUUGCAAUCGCUACAUCUGUACAGAUGUUGAGGACUAACUUUCUGGUUUUAGGCAAUUCAUGCUGUUUCCUUCAUCAAAUGUUUACAAUGAGUCACAAGGAUUCAAACUGUGUUUGAAUCUCCGUUGGGCAUCUCUGUGUGGGGUUUUCAUGUUCUCCCCGUGUGCGCAUGGGGGUUCCUCCGGGUACUCCGGUUUCCUCCCACAUUCCAAAAACAUGCAUGUUAGGUUAAUUGGAGACUCUAAAUUGUCCAUAGGUAUGAAUGUGAGUGUGAAUGGCUGUUUGUCUAUGGAUGCUCUGCGAUUGGCUGGCGACCAGUCCAGGGUGUACCCCGCCUCUCGCCCAAAUUCAGAUGGGAUAGGCUCCAGCAUACCCCCAACCCUAGUGAGGAUAAGCGGCAUCGAAGGUGGAUGGAUGGAUUAAGACUGUGAAAAAGGAAUUGUCAGAAAUACUGUAUGUAUAUUCUUAUUUGUGGAAAUUGUUUUACUUGCUGACUCGUUUGUAUAUUUGGGAAACAUACCGAAUAAAUGGUUAUUUUGGCACAAGCUUUUGCUCCAUUGACAAAUACCCACAAAAGCUUUUUGUGCAUGUAAUCUUAAAAUACCAAUGCAUCUAAUCAUUUCAUAUCCAUUAUGUCUCGUCUAACUGCAUGGUGGCCACACAGAAGAUCUGUGUUGGACAUGUCUGUGUGGAGUUUGCAUAUUUACUCCAGGUACUCCGUUUUCCUCCAGCAUUCCAAAAAUAUGCAUGUUGAUGGUAAUGGGUUAAUUUGGAACAUGCAUACAAGUUACAUUGGAAUACAUCACAAAAAGUACAAUUCACAGUUCUACAGUAGGAGGAAGUAGAGGUUAUUUAAUCCUACCACCCAUCUGUUCCACAUCAAUUGCAAUACAUUACUUAAUGCAAUACAUUUGUUCACUUCCCGUGUUCCAAAUGUACUCUUUCCUCAUUUAAAGCACAUAAGAAAAUGAUUAGAGAAUAUACAAUGUGGUAAAAUAGGAGUCAUGUUAGGUUAAUUGGCAACUUUAAACUAUCCUUAGGUAUGAAUGUGAGUGUGAAUGGUUGGUUAUUAUGUGAUUGGCUGGCGACCAGUCCAGGGAGUACCCCGCCUCUCCCCCAAAGUCAGCUGGGAUAGGCUCCAGCAUACUCCUGUGACGCUAAUGAGGAUAAAGCAGCAUAGAAAAUGAAUGUCAUCUGAAAAGAUUUAAAGGAAAACCACUUUAAGAAAAAAAAUGUGCCCAUCAUCCACAAUCCUUACAUGAGACAUGAACACGCGUCUUCCUCUUUUCUGUGCGUUCUAAAGAUAUAAAAACUGCACAUAAUGGGAGCUCACCUAUGCUGCCUACAAAGACCGCUAUUAAAACACCUCCAACAAGGUUUUAUAUACACGCUGUGACUAUAUAGUAACAGGUACGUGCAUGAUAACAUGUAAUACUUACAGUAUUUUGCAUAUUUUGGCCACACCAGCCCAGGACCUCCACAUCCAGCAUGUUCACCUCCAAGAUCGUCUGAGACCAGCCACUCGGACCGCUGCUGAAACAAUCGGUUUGCAUAACCAAAGGAUUUCUGCACAAACUGUCAGAAAUCGUUUCAGGGAAGCUCAUCUGCAUGCUCGUCAUCCUCAUCGGAGUCUCGACCUGACUCCAGUUCGUCGUCAUAACCGACUUGAGUGGGCAAAUGCUCACGUUGGAUGGCGUCCUGCACGUUGGAGAGGUGUUCUCUUCAUGGAUGAAUCCCGGUUUACUCUGUUCAGGGCAGAUGGCAGAGGGUGUGUGGCGUCGUUUGGGUGGGCGGUUUUCUGAUGUUGUGGAUCGAGUGGCCCAUGGUGGCGGUGGGGUUAUGGUAUGGGCAGGUGCCUGUUCUGGGCAAAGAACACAGGUGCAUUUUAUUGAUGGCAUUUUGAAUGCACAGAGAUACCAUGAUGAGAUCCUGAGGCCCAUUUUUGUGCCAUACAUCCAAGAACAUCAUCUCAUGUUGCAGCAGAAUAAUGCACGGCCCCAUGUUGGAAGGAUCUGUACACAAUUCUUGGAAGCUGAAAACGUCCCAGUUCUUGCAUGGUCAGCAUACUCACCGGACCUGCUUAAUAAAUUAAAUAAUCAGUGUAAGUAGACUUAACAGAACAUAGUUGGAGUAAUAGGUGAGUACUGAUAAUGAACUCAGAAGAGUUGAAAAAAUAAUGAUAAGAUAAAUAUAUUUGUCCAUAGAAUUGUAUUAUAAAUUCAUUUUCUGUAGGGUACAAUUUUUAAAAACAUUCUCUUCAGUAAAAAUUGCAGAAUUUCCAAAUGUCCUUAUUAAGUACGCGGCAGAAACCUAAGAUGAGGCUGCUGUGACAUCUCUUCUCGGUUUAGUGCGCAAGCCUGCCUGACAUCUGAAUGCACACUGAGUUGGAACGUGGCGCCUGCCAGUUUGUUUGUCACCAUGUCGGCAAUUAUAUAAUAAUGUUGCAGAAACAUUUAUUAUACAGAGUGGCUUUCUACAACCCCUUCAAUGUAGUUAAUGUAUGUGUGACAUCAUUAUUCUUGCUAAUCGGACAAUAAAAUUCUGAAAAAUGUCAUCCGGGACGCACUUGCAGUACUUGCUUCAUCCUGAAGGGUGGGGUAAGCUGGAAGGUGCUAACUUUGUUGAAAUACUUGUACACAAGCAGCUGUGCCACCUAGAGCAAGGAUUGUACAGUUAAGAAUAGGAUAAUUCAGUCAUCCGCAAAAGAAUGGAACAGAGUGUAGUAAGCCAUGGAGCUGAAAGUUCCCCAUGAUAGGGAGCACGAGAGGUGGGCGGGGCGAGGCGGACAAUGUAUUCACCUGCUCUGAGCUGGGUAUAAAAUAAAGUUAUACGCUGUGCGUACACUUUGAUAAAAUGGAU